CAUGAUGCCUCCUGCAAGUCGGCUCGUGUACUCUCGCUAAUAGCGCUGCAAACGCCGCCGCUGCAUUGUACUGCGAAGGGUGGCGCGACGCCCUGUAGUACUCCCGAAGCUUCCCUUUCUCCUCCAGACCCACAGCAGGGGGUUUAUUUUGGCUGGUUUUUUAAUAGGCAUAUUGGAGCGGGAGGUGGGGGGGGGGGGCUUGUUCUCGCGACCUCGUUAUCUCGGCUCGAGACUGUGUCUCCUGUCCCCGAGUCCCUGCAAAAGCAUGGUCAUGGCUGACGGGCAGCACAGACCGGCGCUCCGGGGUCCCGUGCGAGUGGGCUUCUACGACAUCGAGCGCACUCUCGGGAAGGGCAACUUCGCUGUCGUGAAGCUGGCGAGACACCGCAUAACCAAGACCGAGGUGGCCAUAAAGAUCAUAGACAAGACCCAGCUAGACUCGGUGAACCUGGAGAAGAUCUAUCGUGAAGUAAAAAUCAUGAAAUUGCUAGACCACCCGCAUAUUGUUAAGCUGUACCAGGUCAUGGAGACAAAGAACAUGCUCUACCUAGUGACAGAGUACGCCAAGAACGGAGAGCUCUUUGACUACCUGGCCAAGCACGGGCGUCUGAGUGAAGCAGAGGCACGACGCAGGUUCUGGCAGAUCCUGUCUGCCGUGGAGUACUGCCACCAACACAGCGUGGUGCACCGCGACCUGAAGGCCGAGAACCUGCUGCUGGACGGACACAUGAACAUCAAGAUCGCAGAUUUUGGCUUUGCAAACUUCUUCCAGCCAGGAGAGCCCUUGGCCACAUGGUGUGGUAGCCCACCCUACGCGGCCCCUGAGGUGUUUGAGGGACAGCAGUAUGAAGGCCCGCAGUUGGACAUCUGGAGCAUGGGAGUGGUCCUGUACGUGCUAGUGUGUGGUGCCUUGCCUUUCGAUGGUCCCUCUCUACCUGUGCUGAGGCAGCGAGUGUUGGAGGGACGUUUCCGUAUCCCAUACUUCAUGACGGAAGACUGCGAGCACCUGAUCCGACGCAUGCUGGUUCUGGACCCAUCCAAGCGCCUCUCUCUGCCUCAGAUCAAGGAGCACAAGUGGAUGGUGCAUGAGGUGCCCAUUCAGAGGCCUCCGCUCUACCCGCAGGCUGCCCUGGGUGAGCACAGCGAGCAGGUGCUGCGUCUCAUGCACAGCCUGGGCAUCGACCAGCACAAGACCGUGGAGUCCCUCCAGAACAAGAGCUACAACCACUUCGCUGCUAUCUACUACUUGCUGGUGGAGAGACUAAAGGCGCACCGCUGCAGCUUCCCCCUGGAGCCGAGCCUGGAUGGCCGCCAGCGCCGGCCCAGCACGAUUGCCGAGCAGACCGUGGUCAAGGCGAGCAGCGGGACUCCCCAGGUCAGCCUGCUUCCCCAAGGCGUCCGCCUGCUGCGUUCGUGCGCCGUGCCUCAGGCGCCCGCUGACUCCUACGCCUACCCACAAUCCCCGUGCGCGCCUGAUUCCAGCCUCAUAGGAGAAGAGGUGGGAACUCCCCCAGUGGAAGGCUGCAUGCUGGAACCACUGCCCCCGGUGGCCAUGCGCAAGUCCAACACCUCAUCACCCAGCAACAUGAUGGAGACCUCCAUUGACGAGGGCAUCGAGACGGAAGAUCCUGACUCCGAAGAGGACCCGGCCCACGUCUUCAGCGCCUUCCGCACGGCACGCUUUGGCCAGCGUCGGCACACGCUCUCCGAGGUCACCAACCAGCGAGGUGUCCCUACCAGCUCAGGCAAGCUGUUCGGUUUGGUUCAAAACACCUCUCUGGGCAGCGUGGAGUCCCAGUACGAUAUGGGCUCCAUGCACAGCGACCUGGGAGCAACGGAGGACCCACCCUCCCUCAACGAGGUGGUGCUGGCCAACGCGCCCAUCAGUCGCGUGACCCCGCCGCCCUUCGUGGGUACACGCCCACCCAACCCGGCCAUGCAAGCACUGAGUUCACAGAGGAGGGACAUCCACAACCGCUCCCCUGUGAGCUUUAGAGAAGGCCGCAGGGCGUCGGACACAUCCCUGACGCAAGGCCUGGUGGCGUUCCGGCAGCACCUGCGGCACCUCGCCCGGGCCAAAGGCGUUCUGGAGCUCAACAAGGUCUACGAGCAGAUGGGCUCCGAGGAGAACUCCUCCUCCUCGGGGCCUCUGGGUCCCCAGAUGCACCCGCACGACCUGACGGAGCCCUUACUCCAGGGAGAGGGCAGCCACCAGCAGGACAUGUUGGUGUAUUCAUGUGGUCCUCACACUCUGCUCUCCAGGAGACAGAGUCUAGAGCCCCAGUACCCCACACACACAGUGCCGAAGACUGGCCUGAUGUCCAACCCCAGCAGCUGCCAGAUGUUCUGCAAAGAGACCCCGCGCAGUCUGGAGCAGCAGCUGGCCGAGCACAGGUUACACCAGAAGAGGCUGUAUCUCCAGAAGCAAUCCCAGAUGCAGGCAUAUUUUAACCAGAUGCACAUAGUCGAGAGCCCCUAUGGUCACUCACCCUGCAUGCAGAUGAGCCACCAGGACUCUACGGCGCCCCCUCAGACCCAGGGCUCGAUAGCCACACUGCCUCAUCAGCAGCAGGGCUCCCGGGCCUCGCCCCCAUACACACAUCCCCAGAACCUCGUCCCCCUGAUGGAGCCAGGCGUCGAGGCCCUGACGUACGACCCCUACCUGGGCCACUACCCACCCCUGCAGGCCUCCGCCCGGCCCCCGGGCCCCUUGGCCCCGCUGCUGGGCCAGCAGCCUGAGGCCGUGGGCUACAGUUACCCUUCCCAUGAGCUGGGCCAGUAUCCCCUCGGAGAGGUCCUCCACCAGGAGCAGUACAGACACCCACUGGACCCCGGGCAGGCCCCUCCUCCUGACCCAGUGACAGGGGCAACCGCGUCCGGGUACGAAAGCCUAACGAUUGCCGACUCCUUCUUGGACAGUGAGAUGAUGGAAGCGAUGGACUCCCAACAUGGCUUCGUGUUGGUGAACUAAACCCGGGGGCGUUUGGGGCAGGAGGUUACAAAAGUGUUAUCAUUUAGAUACCCUUCAGCUGCUGGUGAGAAAAUGGAGGCGGGUGAGGCAGGUAGGAAGACGGGGCGAGGCAAGAGUUCCUGUGCGUGGAUGUGGUGUUCUCCGUUUUCUUUAGUUUUUCUCUGAUUCGGAUGCCUGUCCACCUCUCCCCUCGUUUCCGCCUCCAGCGGGCCGGGGGAGGGGUCCUCGUCGGAGCUCUGUGAGAGGAAGCUCUCCUCCUCCGUUGCCGGACCGACCCCAACCACGUCAGCUCAGGGCGAACGUUUCCGGCACGCGGACAGCCACGCUGCACCUGACCGGGUCUGGCCAGGAGCACAAGGCCCAUGAUGCGUUCCUUUUGUUUGUUUAAUUUACGUAGGACAAAUGCUACUCUCUUCAUGUCCUUUCACAUGCCAUAUCUGAGCACGAAAGUACGAUUUUGCACGCUUGCUAAGUGCAGUGUUAGUAAGGUGGCAAUACUGAAGCAAUACAGACACGCUGGUACUGAAUAAAGCCAUAAACAGGAUGAGGUCCAGCUGGAGGGAAGGUUCCGGAAGGCCCGUGAGAGCACGCAGGCAGGGCAGGGCGUGGGUCCAGCCAGGGUCCAGCCCAGUCCUGCUCCACAGCACAAACCACCACGCGUCACCACUAGAAACCACCGGCCACGGCACGGACUCGCCAGUGUUCCUGCAGCAGAUUAACACGGACUGUGAUCCCACUGCUGUUUAAGAGGGAGGGUGCGAUUCUGACCGGGAUUACCCUUGACGCUGAAUGGGUCCGUGAAGUUAUAAAGACUGCUGAGAAUGAUGAUUAGGUGUUAAAGGUUUCAGUGAAGGGAAGGUUAGUCACUCAACACUGGAUUACGGCCAGCUGAUCGUGUUCCUCAGAAAUCAGAUUGAAUAUAGAUGUUAGGGGUUUUUCAGCACUUACCAAAUCUACUUGAAUACAGUAUGUGACGAUAUAAUUCUGGUUAAGAGUGCAGAAGGUGAAUGUAAAAGGCUUGUGAUUUUGCAGCAAAGACCAGAUGACAAAUAAAAUACUGGAGCACGUUUUAUUUUUUCCAAGGAAACAAAAGGAAAUGAAAUGUAGCAAAGUGGAAGUGGAGGUCAGUUUAGCACGACCUGCCCUGCUAGUUCCGUCAAGGUAAACCAAAAGGCUCAUCAACCCUGCGCUCCCCAGUUAGCAGCACCACAGGACAUCGUCUCCCCGGACUCGUGGGAAUUCCACUCGGUGACUGUUGUAUGUGUGUUGUAAAAAUUAGGGGUUAGCUGUUUUUUUUGGAAGUGCUUUGAGGAUGCAAGGAAUUCUUGUUUUCAGUGUGGUGUUCGUGGUGCCUUUUCUUUCUGUUUGGUUGGUUGGUUUUAUUCUGUUUCUGGUUUGAUGAACUGAAAGGAUAGAAGUAGACCGUCUUCUACAGGUACAGAAACCAAAGUCCUCUGCAGUUUCCAGCCCCACCAUGUGGAGACUGGAGCUUCUUGGUUAGUUACUAAUUGGUUAGGUUUUUUUGUUUGUUUUUAUUUUGUUAAUCAGUAUAGGCCGUUGAAAAGUAUUAAUAGCAAUAUUUGUUAUGAAUAGUUCUAAAAGAAUCAUGAAUGUGUUACUGUAUCAUAAUCACACUUCCAGUUGCCAAACGUCACUUAGAGUUCCAGUUCUCUGUUUCCCCUCAUUGAUGUGACCACACAUAAGCUAACUUGCUGUCAAGAUUAAAACAAAAAAUUACUGAA